CUCUCUCUCUCUCUCUCUCUCUCUCUCUCUCUCUGUGCAUGACGCAGCCCUGCCUUUAAAUGACCUCCUUCCCUCGGCCUCCAUUUUCUCCUCCCCUCCCCAUUCCAUUCCAUCCGAGCGGGGCAGGAAGCGACACCCCCCCCCAACACCAACGUGGUCGAUUCCGCUCUCCUCGUCCUCUUUCCUCUUCUCCGGUCCCUUCAAGGCUUGGGCGCUGUGGGCGUCGCCCAGGGCUUGAAUUCCCCAAGAUUCUCGCAUCUCGGCCUGCAUUUGGUCUUCGGCCCUUCCCGCCCAUGGCGGUUGGAGUAGAGUUCCGUCAAUGCCGGUGAUUCCCUGACGGAUUUUCCCCGCGCACGGGGAAUCCGAGGAUCUUCCCCUUUGAAUCGCCGCUAGAGUCGUCAGAAGGCUGGUUUUAGGGUUCGCGACGGUCUCGGACGCCGGCGAAGAUGUCUCGGCAGGCGGCCACCACUCAUUACCACAAAUCCAAGACCCUCGACAAUAAAUAUAUGCUUGGCGAUGAGAUUGGGAAGGGGGCGUACGGACGGGUCUAUAAGGGCCUGGACCUGGAGAAUGGAGACUUUGUGGCGAUUAAGCAGGUCUCGUUGGAGAAUAUCCCACAAGAAGAUCUCAGUAUCAUUAUGCAAGAAAUUGAUCUGCUAAAGAAUCUCAACCACAAAAACAUUGUAAAAUAUCUUGGGUCCAUCAAGACGAAGACUCAUCUGCACAUCAUACUCGAGUAUGUGGAAAAUGGCUCUCUUGCUAAUAUUAUUAAACCCAACAAAUUUGGACCAUUCCCUGAAUCUUUGGUUGCUGUUUACAUUGCUCAGGUACUGGAGGGUUUAGUCUAUUUGCAUGAACAAGGUGUAAUUCAUCGAGAUAUUAAAGGUGCAAAUAUCUUAACUACCAAGGAGGGCCUUGUUAAACUUGCUGACUUUGGAGUUGCAACAAAGCUCACUGAGGCAGAUGUUAAUACACAUUCAGUGGUUGGAACACCAUAUUGGAUGGCUCCCGAGGUUAUUGAAAUGUCUGGUGUAUGUGCUGCAUCAGACAUCUGGAGUGUUGGCUGCACUGUCAUUGAGUUAUUGACAUGUGUUCCACCAUACUAUGAUCUGCAACCAAUGCCUGCACUAUUUCGGAUUGUUCAGGAUGAGCAUCCUCCCAUUCCUGAGGGCCUCUCACCUGACAUUACUGAUUUUCUUCAUCAAUGUUUCAAAAAGGAUGCAAUGCACAGACCAGAUGCAAAAACAUUGUUAUUGCACCCAUGGAUCCAAAACUCAAGGCGUGCUUUACAUUCCUCUCUGCGUCAAGCAAGUGGAUCAAUAAGAUUUGGUCCAAUGACUUGUACAAAUUUCAGGAACAUUGAGGAGGAUGUUACAGUGGGUAUUACCAAUUUAAAUAUGGAUAAUCAUAAUGGCAGUGAUAGCCCAUAUGCAGAGAAGAUAAAGAGUGGUGUAUCUGAUCUUCAACAACUAUGCUCUUUGUUGCCCAGUGAUAAGCCAAAGCUUGAGGAAGAAUCUAACAAAGAGCAGUUGGCAACUGAUUAUAUUCAAAUAAAAUGUUCCGAUGAGGAUAAAAAACCCAGUCCUCUUCAGAAUACCUGCUUAAAUGGUGUAGAAAGUAAAGCAGAAGAUCUGCUUUCUGCUAAAGAUCCUACCUUAGUUAUCUAUGAAAAACUCUCUUUGAAGUCUCCUGUUAAAGAAGUUUUAAAUAGUCCAGUAGUGCCAGAAGGUGAUGGAGGUGUAAGUCCUGAUGAAAGUGGUAUGUUCUCCUUUGGAUCGAGAGUUGACAGAAACAAUUUUCAAAAGGUUUCGAAGCAGUCAAUUUCUUUUGGAGUUAAUGAGCUCAGUAGGUUUAGUGACACAGCAAAAGAUGCUUCCUUGGAUGAUUUAUUUCAGCCACUAGAUAAACAGAGAGAUCAAGGUCUUGAAGCUUCAUCAUCUGCUGCUGGUCAGCAAACUGACUUGGCAAAAGAACUCAAAGCUAGGAUGGCUCAGAAACAAAUGGGAGCAAUGCAGAACAAUGGUGGAAAGCUCUUGGAAAUGGUCACGGGUUUGCACAAUGAUGUAAUUGAUAUUGAUGGUUCGGUCUUUGAUGAAAACCUGCCGAGUGAUAACCUUUUCCCGAUUCAGUCUGUUGAAUUUAGCAAGAUAGUUGGUUUGCUAAAGCCCGAAGCAUCUGAAGAUGUAUUGUUGUCAGCAUGCCAGAAGCUUAUGGUGUUUUUCACUCAGCGUCCUGAGCAGAAACAUGUUUAUUUGUCUCAGCAUGGUUUUCUACCACUCAUGGAUCUUCUUGAAGUUCCUAAAAACUGUGUUAUAUGCUCUGUACUUCAAGUUAUCAAUCAUAUAAUCAAAGACAACAUUGGUUUUCAAGAGAAUGCUUGUCUUGUUGGCCUAAUUCCAGUUGUAAUGAACUUUGCAGUUCCUGAUCAUCCUAGGGAAGUUCGCAUGCAGGCAGCUUUUUUUCUUCAACAGCUUUGCCAGUCCAGCACUAUGACAUUGCAAAUGUUCAUCGCUUGCCGUGGAAUACCUGUUCUGGUGGGCUUUCUUGAAGCUGACUAUGCAAAGUACAGGGAAAUGGUUCAUCUUGCCAUAGAUGGCAUGUGGCAGGUUUUUAAGCUUAAACACUCAACCCCAAGGAAUGACUUCUGUUGCAUUGCUGCAAAGAAUGGCAUACUUAUUAGGCUUGUCAACACGCUCUACAGUUUGAAUGAGGCAACUCGGCUAGCAUCUAUAGAUGGAAAUGUAUCCAUUCCACAGAAUGGUUCUGCUUCAAGACCGAGAUCUGGUCCAUUAGACCAUCUUAAUCGUCCUGCUUGUUUGCAGUUUGAAUCACCAAUUUCCCACUUGUGUCAAAUUGAUGCUUCUAAGGUUAGGCAUGACCAUCCUUUUUCAUCUGGAGUGCAAGAGCAAAUGCAAAAUGCAGCUUCUUUUUCUCAACGGACAGAUGCAACCCAGUUGGACAAGCAAUUUUUUGGUGAUGGAGAAAGGACUCUCCCAAGAUAUGCUCAAUUGGAAGCAUCAAAGGAGAAUGAACAUUAUAAUUUGUGGGAUCAUGAACCUUCACAUAUGGAUGUUGACUUAUCUAGGCAACAGCGAGGUACAAAUUCUGUUGUUAGAAGUUCCACUGAUAAGCCUCCAAAACAUAUGGAAUUUGCAUUAAAUGGUCACUCCAGUGGUGCAAAUCAAUUAGUAUCUCAACAUGAACAAAUUCGGCCACUCCUGAGCUUGCUGGAAAAGGAACCACCUUCACGACUUGUCUUGGGACAGCUGGAUUAUGUACGUCAUCUUUCUGGAUUGGAAAUACAUGAAAGCAUAUUGCCACUGUUGCAUUCUUCAACUGAGAAGAGGACAAAUGGUGAACUUGACUUUCUGAUGGCAGAAUUUGCAGAGGUCUCUAGGCAUGGACGAGACGAUGGGAACAUGGAUAUUAAUAUGAAACUUUCAAAUAAAACAAGCAAGAAGGCUUUCCCCACACUGGGGUCAUCAAGCUCUAAUGAAGGAGCUUCAACAUCUGGAUUAGCAUCACAGGCAGCAGCUGGUGUUUUAUCUGGAUCUGGCGUAUUAAAUGCUAGACCUGGUAGCACUACAUCAUCCGGAUUGCUGUCACAAAUGGCGUCUUCAUUGAAUGCUGAUGUGGCAAGGGAAUAUCUUGAGAAAGUUGCAGAUCUUCUCUUAGAAUUUUCCCAAGCCAACACUUUGGUGAAGUCUUACAUGUGUAGCCAAAGCUUGCUCGCUCGCCUUUUCCAGAUGUUCAAUAAGAUGGAGCCUCCUAUUCUUCUAAAGAUUUUAAAGUGUAUCCACCAUUUAUCCAUGGACCCAAAUUGUUUAGAAAGUUUUCAACGUGCUGAUGCAAUCAAGUAUCUGAUUCCAAACCUCCAACUCCAUGAAGGGCCUCUUAUCUCUCAAAUACAUACUGAAGUCCUUAAUGCGCUCUUCAACCUUUGCAAGAUAAACAAGAGGAGACAGGAACAGGCUGCUGAAAAUGGAAUAAUCCCACACUUGAUGAAUUUUAUCAUGUCAGAUUCACCACUCAAACAAUAUGCAUUGCCUCUACUGUGUGAUAUGGCCCAUGCAUCUCGAAACUCAAGGGAGCAGCUGAGGGCUCAUGGAGGAUUGGAUGUGUACUUGAACCUACUGGAGGAUGAAGCUUGGGCUGGGAUAGCAUUGGAUUCAAUUGCAGUCUGCCUGGCACAUGAUAACGACCAAAGAAAAGUAGAACAAGCAUUACUGAAGAAGGAAGCAAUACAGAAAUUAGUGAAGUUCUUUCAGAACUGUCCUGAACAAUAUUUUGUGCACAUUUUGGAGCCUUUCUUGAAGAUAAUUACGAAAUCAUCCAGAAUUAACACGGCCAUGGCCAUCAAUGGUCUAACAACAUUGCUAGUGGCAAGACUUGAUCAUCAAGAUGCUAUUGCCCGUCUUAACCUGCUGAAACUAAUAAAGGCUGUGUACGAACACCACCCUAAACCAAAGCAACUCAUAGUGGAGAACGAUUUGCCCCAAAAGCUCCAGAGUCUUAUUGAAGAACGGAGAGAUGGUCAGCGGUCUGGAGGCCAAGUCUUGGUAAAGCAAAUGGCGACGGCAUUACUGAAAGCACUACAUAUCAACACUGUGUUGUGAAUAUGGCUGGUCAGGUUAUAUAUUCAACUUCAACAGAAAAGAAAUGUGUUCUCACUAGUUUAUUCUCUCCUCCCUUCCCUGUUUAUUUUUUUUAUUUAAAAAGGGGGGCAGCUUUUAGGGUGUUUUUGUUUUGAUCCUUCGGAAUGAGGUUGCAUGAUUUGUUUUGUUUUUAGCAGACAGUUAAGUUGAGUGUAGUCUCAGAAAUUUUUGUAAAUAAGUUGUAUAUUGUUAAUCCAUAUUUUAGCUAAUUGCAGUGGUUAGGUUAUUCUUUGGUG